UCGCUCUCCUCCUCGAUCCACUGCAGCUGAAUGGGUCAGCCCGCAGCAACGCGUUCUGUUUACAUGUCAGUUGCUCGUUGCCGUGUGUGGACGCAUCGUUGUUUGACUGAGCUCAACCCACGGUGUCAGGGAACAGUUAUGCUCCGAUAAUGGCGGCUACAAUGCCGUCGCCCGCACCGUCUUCACCGACCUGCGUCGUGGUUCACCGAGACCGAGGAGUCGCCGCCGAAAAAAGGCCCGAACAGCCCGGCUCGCGCGGCAAGUCGAUCGCCAUGGAGCGCGAGCUACCUCCGCGUCGCGCUUGCUCGGACGUAGGCCACCAUCGGCGAAGCUCGGCGACCGCUCUCGGCGGCGCGCCGAAGAUCAAGAACCGGGUCCGCACUGCCGAUCUGGAGCAGCUACGCUUCAUCCUCGAGUGUUUCUUCCUCUCGUUCGGCCCCGAAUGCCCGCAGCUGGGUCGCAACCACCCAAACUCGGAUCCCGAGCGCUACGCAUCGGGCCGUCAGCAACAGCAGCAACCGCCUCCCCAGCACUACCGGCGGCGAAGUAGCGUCGACUCCGGCAGCGCGACUUCUUCGUCGUCCUGUUCGACGAUUCGUUCCUCAUCGUCGUCGACUACGACGGCGAACGCCGCAGAGCAGCAGCUGCCCUCGGAGUACGACCACGACGCGCUGCUCCGGGAGGUGCUGCGUCUUUUCGAGGCCGGACUCGACGGUAACGGCGGUCCCGUGCUCCUGCGGCACCAGCACAUCGCCGAGCUCGCCUCCCUGUCUUCGAUGCCCGGCGGCGAGGAGCCCGAGCCGCACUUCACCGUCGGCCCCUGGGGCAUCGCCGAGUGCGGCAUCUGCCUCGAGACCGUGCCGCUGUACAGGCGGCCUUGCUGCAGCUUCCCCGCCUGCACACCGUGCCUGAAGCGCUACUACGCGUCGCGGGUGCGCCAGAACAACAUCCAGAUCGAAUGCUGCAACGUGCGUUGCCACCAGUUCGUCUCCCGAGACGAGAUCAGCGCGCGGCUGCCGGCGGACUCCAAGGAGCACUUCCACCGGCUCCUGGUCACGGCGAACGUGUCGACCAAGACGUGCCCGCACUGCAACCACGUGACGCGGCGGCCCAAGCCCGACAACCAGCCGCUCAAGUGCGCCGGGUGCGGCGGCUCCUGGUGCUACGCCUGCCACGCGCCGUGGCACGAGGGACUCAGCUGCCGCCAGUUCCGCAAGGGCGACCGGCUGCUCAAGGCCUGGGCCCGCACCACGGCCCACGGCCAGGUGAACGCGCAGCGCUGCCCCAAGUGCAAGAUCUUCAUCCAGCGCAUCACCGGAUGCGACCACAUGCACUGCGCCCGCUGCAAGACCCACUUCUGCUACCGCUGCGGCGACCGGUUCCGGCAGCUCAAGUUUUUCGGCGACCACUACAGCAAGCUGAGCGUGUUCGGCUGCAAGUUCCGCUACAAGGCUGACAAGCCGCUGCAGCGAAAGGUCGUUCGCGGUGCCGUGUUCGGCGGCAAGCUCGUCGCCGCGCCCAUAGUCGGUGUCCUGGCGCUGUGCGCCGGAGUGAUCGUCGUCGGAGUCGGUGCUUUCGCGUUUCCCCUGUACGGUGGCCUGCGGCUAGUGCAGCGCUAUCACAGCGUCAAGAAGUCUGUCAACCUCGAGAAUGACUCUACGCCACGGCUGGUCUGUUUCUCGUGAGUCGUUGGUAACCCGCUGCCUGCCCUGUUUGUUGUUGCAGGCCCUGUACCGACUUCAUCGGUGCCGCUAUUAUACCCAUACAUACUGGUGAUCUAUACCGUAAGCACAGAAGAAAAAAAAAAGGGGGGGGGAGGGGGCUGCUAUUCGCAAGCCCCUGUUCUCGACAAACGCAUUUCACUGAUAGACAAAAAAAACCACACGGUGGCUCCAAUGAAGUCGGGUGUGAGGCGUUAUAAUUUGUCGUCUCUCUCCGCAAAUGUCCGCCUGCAUCUUCUAACCACAAGCUCUCGUUGUAAAACUUUUGGGUGUACCACGUUUCCAGCAAGACCUAUUCACGCUGUUUGUUGAUGCUGUUGUAUGGCAUUAAUGUUCUCCGUGUCCAUUUUGGGUAAACUAAAUAGCAAAGAAACAACUAUGGCCCAAGUGGUCAAAGUGAGAGGCUUCAGAAAGACUCCUUGCUUGUAUUGCUGUGGCUGCCCUUGGGAACUAGAACAAUGAUUAGACAAUUAUGGUCAUGUGGGUAGUUAGUAAAUAUGGUGCUGUAAUUCUUUGCACAUUUAUUAUGCUGUCAUAAUAUUUGAUCAGAAAUGCAUGCUCUUCUCAAGCCAUUCUGCUUGUCUAAAAAUCAUUGCUGUUUUCUGACGCAAAUUGCUUCUCUCUCCGUUUUUUUUUUUCUUCUUCUAUUUCUUUUGCGUGACCUUGUGGUAAAAUAUGCCACCCUCUGUCCUUAAGUGGGCUUUGAACAAAUGUCUUCCUACCUUUGCAUGCCUUCUUUCACUCAGACGGUGGUUCAUUCUGAAUGGUGCUUUCAGACACGUUGGCAGCGUAGAUAUUGUGAGAAGUGAUCUUUUUGCAGGAAGGGUUGCUCUCUGCUGAGCAGAGGACGGUUAUCAUUAACCACAUUUGAAAUGUUUCUACAGCAAAAUGAUGAGACUUCGAGUCAUGUGUUUCCUAUGUCACUCUAGAGAUUUUGUUACCUUGUGCAGUGGUAUGGAGCUGGUGGUUUCUUGUAGGUCAAUGUUAACUAUUAGAGUUUUGCAUUGGUGUUAGUAUUAAGUCUUAAUACAACCUGUUUACUCUCCGUGAGAGACUUAGAUGUUCAUGGUUUGGUGUCAGCGUUUGUGUUUGCCUCAUUUCACCGGCUCUAUCAUGUCUUACCUCUGGGCAGAGAUAACUGUCAAGAAUUUUUGGGGGUCGUCUAAGGGGCAACAGGAUAUAAAUUUGAUGAUAUAGUUUUCCAUCAGCUAUAGCUUGUUCUUUCCUUUUUUUUUUUUUGCAUUGUGUGUGUCUGUGUAUGUUUGUGUCACGACUUCCAGCAAAUGCGAUCAACCUUCACUGUACCACAUAUUGACACUUUGUAUCAGUAGACACCUGCUACUCUUUGAGAAGUGUUAGCUUUCAGCAUCUGUGAUUAUAUAUCUCGCACGCCAUGCCCUGUGCAUCGUUUGUCAAGAAGUCUAUAUCAUAUAUAUAUACAUACAUAUAAAGAAGAGUAAUCGUCUAACAAAUGUAUGCCAUGACACUCGUGCUGUAAUGUAAAUGGGGAAAAUAAGCACAGAGGCACACCUUCUGUAGCUAGAGUGAGACUUCCAGAUGGUACAGGAUUAUCCUAUUGCGUGGGCAAGCGACAGAUGGGCUAAGCAGAAGGGUGGCGUAAUGGCUUUGCCAAUAAUCUCUUCAAAUUCACUCGCAGUUCUUCGCAUGUCAGCAAGCCAUUUUUUCGCAUCGUUGUGUGACCUGGUUGCUAUCACUGAAGAGUCAGAUUCGCCACUGUCUUCAUUCUUUCGGCGUAAAGAACCCUCUCGAGGAAUUUCAAAUCAGUCUUUCUAUUCGAAGUGGUCGCGACCUUCGCAGGCCCAUUGAACCUCGCAGUGCGCGUUAUGAUGAGCGAAGCAGAAAGUCUGAAACGCGAAUGAAAGGGUUGAUGACAUCUUUUACUAUGUGCUUCGUAUUACUUUUUCUUUCUUUCUCUCUCUUUCUUUUUUGUAAUUGAGCAAUCGAGGUGCCGCGUUUUCGUGUAAAUCCUCCCCUGCUUGCGUCGUGCUCCGUAGGGGCUUCCUUAAUGGGGCCUUUUGAGUCGGUGCUUCGAGCGGCGUGACGAAAACGCGCAUUUGCUGUUUCACGCCGGCGUUGAUCUCAAUGCCGCUUGAUUGCCCUGCCGCCACACUUGGAAUUUGCGUAAGUCAUUCGUUGACAAAACCCGCCGUGCUCGGGGAACCGCGUCUCCGCGGUCGUGACAGAAAAGAAAAGCGUCUCCGCGGUUCUGUUUUACUUUCGUAGUGCCCUCGGCGAUCACGUCAGACCGCGUGAGUACUUGAUAUUGCGAGGAUUUACCGAUUCUCCUGUUAGUGGCAUGAGGGUUAGGAAAGGCAGCCUCUGUGUAUGGCACGAGCGGUUGCGAGACUUGCCCGUUUCUUACGCGUUUUUUUCUUUCGCCGCGUCAUUCUGUGCUGCUCACGGGCCCCUUCGCGUGCUACGCCGGAAUGCAUAGGCCCUUGACAAGCGCUCGACAGCCAGAACGGCCAAGAGGCGCCGUGGAACGCUUCAUCUGACCAACAAGCAACUUCACGUCUGCAAAACCUAGGCAAAUAGAUGGUGCGCGGUAUAGAUUGGAGCUGAUUCUAUCUUCGAGGCACUUUACGAUCACGAUUGGCUUCUACCGGCUACACGCAGGCGAGGGUUGAUUGGGCGGCAUUGAAUGAAGGGCUUGCUACUCGUUGAGGUCGAGCAGUGGCAUUGUCCUCUUUGUUUCGUUUUUUUUUUUUUUUUUUUCAUUUCUCUUUGGCCGCUGACCUCGAGUUCCGGGGCAGCCCUUCCUCCACCUUCCUCCUUUACCUUGGGGCAUUGGCCCUGGCAGACGCUCUCGCCUGGAAAGUUUAUUACUUCCUUCUUCGCUCGAACUCGGCACGCUCAUUACCCCUGCCCACUCUUGCGCCGGAAUAUAUAUAUAUAUAUAUGGCGUGACACUUGAUCGUGCAGCGAAUAGCCAUUUUCGUCGUUAGUUUGCACAUCUUUUCGGCAACAUGCUCAGAAUGUUGAGUUUCGUGUCCAAGUUGCGCGCCUGAGGGUCGUUUACAACAACAAAACAGUGCAAGGCAAGGCCUACGUUUAGUUACGCUGAGCUUGUGAGAAUUAGGUCGAUUAUUCACUCCUGAUUGUGUAACAAAGGGGCACACCUCAGGUGCUGGGAAAUGCCCAAGAGGUCGCGGUACGCAGAGUUUGAUUUGUGAGGUUUAUAGGUCAAAUUUUUCGAGCGAGAAAGCACGGCCUAGGGUUCGUGUGAAAUCGCGGGAAAAAAAAAAGGCGAGAUCACUCCUUGUUACCCUGUCAGAUUGACGACAAGAGUCGCUCAUGUGCUUUGGUUUUUGCUUGCACCGGGCUUCGGUCACCGCGCUAUCUAUACCCACGAGUUGUAGGGGGUGUACGCGCAAUCCAAAAUUCUCUUUGGUUUGCGAGAUAACGAGAUAACGCCUCUAGGCUUGGAGGCGUAAGAGGUGCUGCUGGGAGAAAGAGGAGCAAAGAGCUGCGAUACACCAUUUGUACACCAUUUUGUACGCCUUCGACUUUUCGUUCGCUCUCUUUUAUUAUCUCUCUGAAACUGUCUUAAGAAACGAGGAUUGUACCAUCUGCUGGCGUUCUUCGCAGUCAGAAAAAAAAAUUAAAAUCGAGUCUUACGGAAGUCAGUGGUAGUCGGAGGUAGUCUAUGGGCGGCUCUCCAUAGACUACCUCCUGGCAUGCGCCGACGGACACGUCAGCAAGGGACGAAGAAUAGAACAUUGAUUUCCGAUAGCGUGCCGACUGCUUUCGGCCGCAGCGUGGGCUGCAGUUGGUCACAUAAAGUCGUAUUCCGUAGCUCUCUCUCUCGGUGCCGGUCGAUAGGAUAUGGAUUUUUAAUUGUCUGCGCAACGUUGCCAGGGCAAAUCAGCAGCCGUUCUGGCCCCACUCUGUCUUUCGCUGAUCUUUGACAUUUCUUCUCGCAAUACUCCCGCCAUACCGUAUGCAUUGAAAAAAGAAGAAGAAAAGAAAGAAAGCAAACGAAUGUCUUAUUAACCCGAAACUAGUAAUUUCGGAGCCCUGAAAAGAAAAUUGAUGCGCGAGUGAUACUACCAUAACGCCGUAGAAAACGUUUACCACUGAAAAUAGACUGGCACCCAGAAAUAGUGCACAAUAAAAUCCAACGCGCUAAAAUCAGACAAAAAAAAAAGUGUUAUAUGCGUGAAAUCGGGGUAGGUGAGCCACUCAGCCGGAAAAAAAAAAAAAAAAAAAAGCGGAUUCUCAAGAUGUGUGCCGUUUCCGUUGUGAGCUCCCCGCUUCGUUUGCCGAGCUUCGAUGAACCAGCACUUUUUCAGACCUUGUAAACAGAGGGACAAAGCAAAAAUGAUAUUACAACAGGAACGGAGUAUGGGAAAGUAGGGUUUCCACUACGGCUGUUUGAUUUACAAGCGGUUGGGGAGCUUUCAGACCUCCAACACCCUUUCCUAACACUUGCAGAUUUUUGAUGAGGCCACCAGGGUCCCCCUAACGGCCAUGCCAGGCCGUCGCCACUGUUCGUCACUAUAUGUACAGUGCACUACCGUGUGUAUAUCGAUGUGCUUUAUGACGUCAUACCCUCAAGUCGAGCCUUGUCACUCGCCACAUUUUGCCACGACUCGUAGUGAUACAACUGCUGCCCCUCUUUGCUUGUGUGUGCAGUAGAACCCGAUUAUAACGAAUGUUUGAUAUGUCGUGUAAUUCGAUAUACCCAAACUCCUCUAACGAACUGAAACGAACUUUUCCGAUGCGUUCGUUAUACGCGGAUUUGUUAUUUCCAGUAGAGAAGCAGAAAAAAAAAUUAUUGACAGAAUUACGCGUUGUAGGCACUGAUUUUUGCCUGUGUCUCGAACAGUUUUAUCAACUUCACUAAGAGUGUCGUUUGGUAUUCUCUAUGCGCGAAUUGUGUGACCCGCUCCAGUCCACUUCACUUAAUGGGUUUGUAGGUGGUAUCCCAAUCCGUGACCCAGCCGCGCGGCUCUCACAACAGAUCUCGAAGGCUAUGCUUCUGUUGACUGAACGCGCCGGAAGCAAUUUGGGAGCCGGAAAGCAUCGUGUUUGACAUAGUCGGGCGAGGAAGUUAUCUACGGGAGUGUCGGUCAAAAAGUUGUUCGGGGUAGAGAAUAAUUCGGCUCUAUUCGGGCUCGUUAUUUCGGGUUCAACUGUACGUCGCCGAGUACUCGCAAUGUAUUGGUAUUCUUGUGCCCUAUGUCCUGAGGUCACUACGCUGUUCAUCUUUACAACGUGUUUAUGUGCAUGUGGAUACAAAUUGCUGCCAUUCCGUGUCUUUUCUUUUUAUUCUGCGUGCGAAAACUUCUACCCAUUUUCUUGCUUCUUGUGGUCGUUUUCUCUAAGUCACUUUUCUUGGUCUUCAUUCUUUUUUUUGCUGUUGUUGUUGUUUCUCGUGAACAUUGAAAGUGUGUGCCCAUUGUGAUGCUAUUUAUUUGCGCGUAUUUAUUGUGGGAACACGACAGUGUGGUGAACGACGACGCGUGACGGAAAGCGCUGACUCAUUCGAUGACGAAGCGUACCCGUGUGUGCAAAACAACUGGACUUGUUUUUUUUUUUUCGUAUGUGUUUCUUCGCCUGCAGUUGGGUAUUCUUUUUACGAUUGAUGCGCCCUCCUUGACAGACCCUGCGUACGAUGAUUGUGAUAAGUUUCAUUUGUUUUUCUCUUCAUACUUGUUAACUCCACGUAUUCAAAUCUUUGAACACUGCAGAGUGCGUGAAACUUACAUUCCCGCUUGGCUGCUAACCAUUAUCGCCUGAAAUAACCCCGAUAGCGACGCGAGCUAGAGUUCCGCCAACUGGCCGUUGAUCAGUGCUUCAAUCUCACGUCACACUAGCAGGGCAGCACCACUCCUCAAAACUCAGCAGUUUUCUGGGUCUAGGCUCUCGCGAUCUAGAAGCAUAUGUAGACUCCACCCGUUUGACCAGCAUUCAUGCGUUCGUGGUGCCCUCACUUCGGCCGUUUCGAAAGAUUCUCGGUGAUUGUUUGCCCAGAGGCAUCGGCCAAACCAAUAGACCUUCACGUUUUGGGCCAACCGAGGCGGUGUUUUCUUACAAAACAUGGCGACUAGCGAAAAGUUUGGUAGCUUAUAAAGUGCACUGAACGCUGGCGUCGUUCAUUUUGACGUCUGACAAGUUCUGCAGCGUGAAUUAGUCAGCGCCACGGACACUUGCAGGCCGGAGAGCUUUACGGAUGCCCCAUUCAAAGACAGGUCAAGGCGUUUUUUUUUAGACGGCCCUUUCACCGCUAACGGCAGCAGGCUUAAAACGAUACUUAAAACGAGUGCUGUAUUCAAGUGGCUGUGCUUUAGAAGUCCGUGUCGGCUGCAUACGGAGGUUCUGGCCGUUUCUUGAUUCGCGGUUGAAUCGUGGUUUCUCUUAUUCCGAGGGGGGCCGGCGUGCUCUUGCGCUUACAAAUGCGACGGCCUUGAGAGAAACGUGCGGAACAGAAAAUGCUGUGAGCGUAGAUAAGCGAUCGUGUAGGAGCAUGUGACGACGAGAAAGCGCCUCAUUACCUUUCUUUUUCUCUUCUUCUUCUUUUAACUGUUGUUCCAAUUCCGCGUAACUGCCCUUGCACAUUCCGCAUUUUUGGUGUUCGUUUUUCGAGGCAUCUUCUCUAAAUUGCGUGAGGGCUGAGGGACUGUUAAUGAUGGCGGUAUUCCCGAAGCGUUCCGUGCAUGAUGGUCUCGUUUAUUUGCAAGUAGUUUUAGUUGAAGCUAGAAAGGAUAUAUAUAUACUCUUAAUGUAGACAGUUUGUCCGGAUAAAAGCAGCAGCUGUUAUGCUUCUGGGCCAAGAAAGGCAGCCAUUAGGUUGCGGGAAUGAUGUCGUUUGGGCAUCUAAUUUGUAUUCGAGCGACAGCAGAUUUCGCAUCCGAGAAAAAGAGAAGGACAUUAGACAAGCGGUCGUUAAGGACGGACUUGUUUGCAGGGUUUGAAUGCUGAAUUGGUUGAGCCGUAAUUGGUGCUUCAACGCUCAUUAGGCGUCCUCUCUCGUCGUGGGAUGACCACUAAGCGAAAAGUGAUUAUUGCACGUCCAACACGCCGGGAAUGGCGGCAGUGUCCUGUACCGUGCGCGUCUACUUCUGCAACUCGUCAUUCGACAAAGUGAAUGUUCGCGGUGCGAUGGACAGACGCAUUUUUUUUUAAGGGAGGCUGCGGUCUGAACGCUGAAGGCCUUCUCGACUGAUACGAGCUGUAGUCAGUAUGAUAGGAACGGUUCACGUUGAAGCAAUUCCUUUGACAUACAGGCGGCAGUGCUGUGGGUGUUAGGGAUUAAUCGCAUCUGGGCCUCGGCAGCCUAAUUGCUGUUAAAGCACCCAUGACGUACGUGAAUGUCCAUGAAUUCACCAAUUAGGAAAGCUUUCUUUUUGGAGUUUUAGAUCUAACUACGUUCAUGCAGAGGAUAAGGACGUUCAGUGCCGAUCACGAGAAAGAAUCAUCAUUUCGCAAUGUGACAGAAUAGAAACGGCAGACGACAACAGUUUCCUGCCUUUGUUCGUCACUUUCCGUCUGUCGUUAUACGACCUUCUGGAUGUACCGCUAUUUCGACCCAGUUCCCUUAGCAGAUACCAUACCGGGCGCCUGACAAACGGCAGUUAAAAGCACGCAGUCUCGUAUGCGGACUUUGAAUACCAAAUAUGUCGAGCUGCGGUUGGCGAGUGAACGCUCGUUAGGCGUCUUUAGUCGUUUCGUUGUGAACAUGCUGGCGCCACUUGUGAAAGACGAGAAAGAUCUUCCUUUAUGUCGUCAGUCGCAAUCCAUGGCGUAUUUGUUGCCGGGCCACUUAAUUGCCUUCUGCCCAUUCUUUGAUGAAAGUAAUUACGCUCUCCAUUUCUUCAUCACUUUCACCAUCUCGUAUUACUCGCGUAGAUGGAUCCUACAUCCCGUUCCGCCCCGAGAGAGAUCAUUCCAUCAGACCGGAGAUCCCGCUUAAACCCAUUUUGGGUCGUACGUUCGCCAUUUGCUGUUUUUUUUUCUUUCUUUCUUUUUGAGUAGUCUUUCGUGACACUGUGCGUUUUCCGCACGCGAGUGCGGUUUUACAAAGCUGCUGACGUCAAAUGAUGUCCUUCUUUGUGAGAAGACCGGUGAAUUGAGAAACUUUGGCAUGCUUCUCUUUCGAACCCAUGGAAGCCUGUACGAUGGGAUGCCACCACAUGCAUGUACGUGGCUGAGGGUGAGGCAGCUCCUGGCGCACUUCCCUGAUGAGAUGACCUUGUAUCGCAUGCAGCUUUCGUUUUGAGAUGGGAAAAAAAGAAGCGUAUAACCGCUCAUUCCAGCGUGGGAGAAUUUGUCGCCGCGUUCUCCCACUCUUGAGAGACAGCCUAGGACAGCGGACAAAUGUCGAGCCUGGGAAAACGAUCGAGGAAGACAUUUCGAUCAAAUUCCGAGUAGCGCCUUUGUAACGCAGCUUUUCUGUUUCUUUCCCGAGCAUACCGUCGAGCGGUGUCUGUUCCCAGGAAAGCUUGGUGCGUUUACGUAAUGACUGUCUACGACGUCACGGCAUGUGACCCUCACGUCGGAAAUUGUUCCUUUGUAUGCCUUUCCUUAGCAUCCUAAAUUAAGGAUGAGCUUUUGUGCGAGAAAACGUGGAUUCUUGCAGAUUGUAUAGCAGGUGUUUUGAUUACUUCGAAACAAGUAAGUUUUAACUUGGGGGGAGUCGCGUGGCGGGACUCCGUGUAGCGACUGUUUUACAAGGCAGUUCGGCAAUGACGAGAAAGAGACCACGCCAAAACUCCAGCAGAGGUUGCAUAAUGUGUUUGAAUAAAGUGCUUCUAGCAUGCUUAUCUACAAAGGUUAUCUCUUUUAGGGUCCCUUUGAACCAUUGGAGAAGAUACAAUGCAGUUUUUCUUUGAACGGCAUGAGAGUGAUAAUGAAACUUGUAGCGGCAGACGUCCAGUUGUAUGCACAAGCGGGUAGUGCGGUAUGUAUAUAAAUAUGUGAGCUUGGGCAUGUCAGCCUUAGUUCCACGCUUUCCGAGAUGCAUUGCUUAGGCGCGCAGAUGCCCCCGUUUUAUGUUUUGGGGCUGAUCUGUACGUGGACCGAUGUGCGUACGCGCUGAACCUUUUCUUUUCGCCAUUGGAAGCUUGAAAUGUUUUCCAGUGUGUAACGCCUUCUUGUAGGCUUUGUUUUGUAACGACAAACAGAAGUUGUUUGCGGAUAUCCUGGACUGGCCUUCUGUUGACUGUCUGAGAGUACGUGAUUGAAGGUCAUACGUAGAUUGUGUGUAGUAUGUCAAGGACGAUUUUUUGUCCCGAAGAGCCAGUCGAGCUCUUGCAACGGUGUUCGUACUGAGUAACUUCUGUCAGGUUCGCGGGUUACAACGAUAUCGUGGUUGUAGUGAAGCCAAGCAGGGUCAUGUGUAUCACGCUUGUCUUGUUCGAGGAGCCGCUGUGAAGUGGCAAUAUGCUACUGGUGCUCAAAGUGUUUCUGACUGCUUAACGGCCUACGUCAUUGAGAUGGUUCUGUGACGGAAGAGCCUUGCGAGAUCGAGUGCAGAAUACGGUGACGUCAUUGUUACUCUUAAUCUUCUUCUGGUUAAAAGAAACGGUUCAGCGCGUACUACUCAAGCCCGGUGUGUGUGUGGAAGUCCGCGGGCCGGGCUGACACCUCUAUUCCGCGACAGCGGCGAGAAAAUCGGCGAGUGUGCGCAACAUCUUAUUUGCACAUAUUUCAGAUUUUUUUUUUCUUAUGCGAUGUUUGCGUACUCUGUGCACGCGUUGCGGAAAGAGAUGGAAAUGUUGAAAAUAAAGAGCGUCGUGUUAUACGAAACUGUG